UCGUGCAUUUAGAGAAAACGAAUCUGGAAGAGGAAGGUUACUGAGGGGCAUGCUGAGUUGGCUCUGCUUUAUCAGCCACGGGCCCUCGGCUGAUCUCUGGACCCACAGGUUAAACAGGCAGCAAAGAGACGAGCAGCUUCACAAUCAGAGGCUAAAGGCAGGAGCGUAAGAAUGUGUAAACAGCUGCCUACAACUUAGAAACAACUGGGCUUAAGAUUCAGACAUCCAAUGGCAGUCAGGACUUUUAAUUUGAGGUUUCGGGGUGGAGUAUGACCGAUUUAAAGGGACGGGGAGGGUCAGAGCUAGGAGUCUGCUAGAAAGGAGCUGUGGUGACAGUCGGUGCAAGGGGACAAGCACUCAUGUGAAGCUCAGAGGACUUCACGAAGAAAGAAACAGAGAAACAAGAUAGGGUGAGUGGCAGGCCCCAGACUGGACGUCAUUAUGGGUGUAAAGAAGAAGGCAGCUGCUGCUAUCUUGGUCCUGCUGCUGUUCCUCGGCUCGCUGUGGGUCUAUGGAGGUCUAGAUUCCCACUGGGAUUCCUGUUUGAAAGGUUACAAUCAGGUUAAUAGGAUCCCCCAGCUGUCCAACAGCAGCAGGUCAGAUGUGUCGAAGCGCCCCCACGUCCUCUCAAUUUGUCCUGGUCAGAACUUCCAGGUGUCGGUGCUGAUCUCCCACCUGCUGGCUGCUCCAGCGUACACGUCCGAUGUGCUGGUGCAGCCGUAUCUGUCCAGCUGGGAUGAACUUGUGAAGUUCAUGGAUUCUCUGGGUCCAAUGGUGAGUCUGAUAUCAAAAGAGAUAGAAACCAAGACCUCAGUUAUUCGUCAGCUGGCCCUGCUGUCAGAGAAGAGCCCUGAGGAUGAGCUCGGACAAGACAUGAGCUCAUUAAACACACAAAAUGAUGACUUAAAGGCGCACCAGCACACAGAUGCCUACCACUCUGUGCGCUCCAUGAUUUCAUCAGAAUUGGAUCGAGGCCUGGUUGAUUUCCACCAGCAGACGGACUCCGGAUGCCGAACACUUCUGCGGCUGCAUCGGGCUCUACUGUGGCUGAAGCUUUUCCUGCAGAACCUAGCCAAGGUCCCGGCGACCGGCCGCCCCCGGAGCCCAUCGGAGCUGUGCCGAGAGGCCUACCAGAGCACCCUGGCACAACACCACACCUGGUUUGUCCGCAGGGCUGCCGAGCUAGCCUUCAUCGCCAUGCCAGAGCGGGGAUUCUUCUUCAGGUUGCUGUGUGUGCAGAACCAGGAGGGGAUGAGUGUGGUGCUGAACAAAGCAGUGGAUGCCAUUGGGGAGGUUUAUGAUCGGACACAGAAAGCUCUGGAGGAAAAAGGCAUGCUGGACUUGCCUUAGAAAUCCUGCAUUUAUCCAUCUGCUGCUGCUAGUGUAACUUAUUCUGUUUUAUGAUCUUGUAAUCAGAUCAUCAAGGUUCAAACACAAAGUCUGAAUCUCGCUCUCAAAAAAAAAAAAAAAAGAUGUGAAAUAUAAAUAUUCCAAACGUCGACCAACCGGGUUCCUUUUCUCCUUAACGGAGAUGUGAUUUAAGGCUGCUGGCCAAAAAAUAAGCUGUGAAUACUGAAACACGGGAACAAAAACAUAAAAUUACCCACUUCUAAACACGUCACGCGAUUUUUUUUGUCGUUGAAUCUCCACCAAAAAAUUGUUUCUUUUUGUGAUUCUGCUUUUAUAUUUUUCUAAAAUGAAAAUGAUUGCUUGAUUAGAGUAGAUUCUUGAUUCUACCUCAGUUCUGAUACUUUAGCCUCUAAAAGGCAGCAGGACCAAUCACAGGACAUUACACAAAUGAGGUGGGGUCUCAUUUAUCAAACAUUGCGUAGAAUCCUUACUAAAACCAUACUUAAGCUCAGUAAAAAAAACAGUACUUAUGCCAAGCAGGUUUGUGAUCUAUCAAACAUGGAGUACGCACAGCUGCACGCAAUCUCUGCUUUAUAAAUCAGAGACUAACGAGAAUAUUUCUCAGCUGCAUUUUAGUCACACCCCGCCUUCACCACGCCCACUUACUGCCAUAAAUAGUCAAGGCAAAGUGCCUUGUGGAUCGCAUGCAUAUACAUAAGCCAGCUGUUGCAGCGCUCCACCAAUAACAUGGCGACCGUAGAUCAAGGCAGAUCAAGGAAACGCUAUUUCACAGAAGCAGAAACUGAGGUACUUGUGGGUGAGGUGGAGAAAUGAAAGGAAGUGCUUUUGCAAAACAAAUAAGAGAAAAUCCACGGAGUGCCACAGCGUUGCUGAAGCCGUCAAUGUUGUGAAUUCUUCAGAGAGAUCUGUGGCGGAUAUAAAAAAUGGUCCAAUCAGGAUUCGGAUGCCAGACUCCCGGGUGAAAGCCACGCGCGCUAACCAGUCAGCCAAACAGAGAUCUCCCUUGUUCAAGUGGCCAGGGUGGAUGAUUAAUCAGGUCACAGUGGCAGGACACACACACACACACACUGUCACAGACGCAUGACAUUCUGUCUCAAUCUUUCCCCCUGCUGAUAUUCUGCAUUCCGUAUUCUGAGCUUCAGGGUGUGUGUGUGUGUGUGUGUGUGUGUGCUCCCGCGCGCGUGUGUGUGUGAGUGUGCGUGCAUGUGUGUGUACGCGCGCAUGUCUGUGCAUGUGGGGGGACUUGUUCUGUGUGAAAACGAAGCAGUGCAAGUGAUAAUGCUGCAGGAUUUCAUAAUUUUAUCCUUCUCAGCAGCAGCACUGCAGGUGCUCUCCAUGUCCAAAAUGUGCAUGAGCCAGGUCCUUAGUCAACUUAAAGUUGUGCACAUUUUUCCACUAAGUUUUCUUUCAUAAAUUCCAAAGUUUGCGUGGAAAGUUGCUUACGCAGUUUUCCGACCCCGUUUUGUGCGUAAGCAAGCUUGAUAAAUGAGUCCCCUGAACAACAAGGAAACGCAUGAAUAUUCACACCUUCACUUGAGCAGACAAACAUUUUAAACAUUUGUACUGAUUAAUUAAAUAUUUCUUUAGAUAUAAAAGUGUGACUUCUUGUAUUUUUUCAGUUAUGCAUUAGUAAAACCCAGCAGCAUUAUUGCAAUGUAAUCAAGCAUGCAGCAAGGUGCUGACCAAUCUCUACUCUCCUGCAACAUGGCGAGUUUAAUCAGCUCUGUGUGGCACUUAUCUGGAUCGAUUCAUUUAGCAGAAGUGGUUGUUCUAAAGACUCGAGGGAGAAAAUAACUGAAUAAGUUUCAGAAUUUUUUUGUCGUAAUAAACAUUAAAAAUCUAUAAACAAGAGAUAAGGAUUGGCUGUAAGACAGAAAGCUUCAUUAAACUAUUUUAAAUCCACAAACUCCUCUAAUGCUACAUAAUCCGUCCUUUCCCUGCACAGCUCUGCCUGUCUGAGGAGGAGGCAGAGGAAGAGCUAGAUGAGGACAGAGGUUGAACCUGUGUAGGAGGAAGGAGGUGAAGGUCAGUGAGCGAGGAGGUACACUUCACCUUUAAUCUCGUCAAGCAGUUGGUGAAAGACUGCUGCAACAUCUCCUAAAAUAAGCCAAGCAGUAAACCACAAAUGACUGAGAGGCAACAUCGACUUUGAGUUCCCUUAUAUGACUUUUUAUUUAUUUCUCUAUCUUGGAUUGCAUUAAAUAUGAGCAAAAAUAUACAAGUGAUAAGAGCAAGAAAUAAACAAUCCAGGGUUUUAUUUUUCAGCCAUUUGGGCAACAAUUAGAACGAGUUUCAUCAUUUUUAUUUCUUGAAGAAUUCUUUCAUAGCAACAGUGCAAUGGAACUAGAAGAGGAAAUGUGCAGGUUGUGUUUUAUUUGUAACAUAUACAGUCGCCCCUCUCCAGCUCUGUGCACCUUUGCAGUUUUGAAAGUGCAUUUGAGGUUUAAAUCCUCAUUGAACUUUGAUUGCAAGCUUUAGAAGCCCAUUUUAAAAAUAAACAAAUAAAAACCAGCAGAAAUAGCUCAGUUGAUGGCAAAAAAACGAACAAAAGGUCUGAGCUAACACAUCCUCUCUCCCUGACAGCAAAAAUCUGUUUUCUUUUAUAAACAAAGCAACUGAUUUGUUAUUGCCUGCCUGAAUCGAGCACGUUGCUUUCUCUUUCUCUUUCACCCUUGCUUUUGAUGAUACUAGUUGCAUCAAUUUUUUGCAACCUUUCCACUAAUUAUUCACACACAUGAAAUAAAAAUAUUGCUCUUUGACAAUAUCUCCAAAUAUAGUAAAUAAACAAAAAAAAAGUAAAAAUGGAGAUAAAGAGGAUAUAAGAUUCAGACACUGGGAACAACUGUGUCUGUCCACCAGGAGGCACUGUUCCUUUUGUGCGUGAUGUUAUAUAACAGGAGACCUUUUAUAGGGUCUCAGGGUUUUUCCCUCCUGCUGGAUCUCUGACCUUCUGCUGAGAUCUUCUCAGAAAAAAGGGAAAAA